AUGGUUCCACCCUGGAAGGAGAACCAGCAGCCUCCAUUCCUUCCAGCCCUUGCCCCCCCCCAAGACUUCUGGGCCAUUCCUGGCACUGCGAUAGCGCUUGCAUCGGUUGCAGCGUAUUAUGGGGAUUCUGGAGCCAUCAUCGUCGUUUCAUUUGGUCAAAGUGACAAUCAGGAGGAAAUGGGUGCAGAAGACGAUGACAAUGGAGGAGAAAAUGAAGCAGAUAUUCUUCAGGAUGAUGAGAAGGCAGAAGCUGAGGCAGACCACAUGGAUGGCAUCCCAGAUCCUGAGGAGAAUGAUGCACCUGAAGAUGAAGAUGAUUUAAUUAAGGAGGAGCCACCUGAGAAAGAAAAUUUUGAAACUUCAUGUGAAGAUUCUGAAAUGGAAGUGAAACCAGAGGCCAAGCAGGAAGAUGCUGAUAUUGUCAAGGAGGAAGAUUCUUCUAGUCUCAAGGAGGUGGAUACUUCUAGUGUCAAGGAGGUGGAUACUUCUAGUGUCAAGGAGGUGGAUACUUCUAGUGUCAAGGAGGUGGAUACUUCUAGUGUCAAGGAGGGGGAUACUUCUAGUAUCAAGGAGGAGACUAGUGUCAAGGAGGAGACAGCUGCUGUUCCUAGUUCAGCAGAAGAAUCAACCAAUGCUCAGGAGUUCCCCGACAUGCUGCAAAAUGCCAGGAAAUCAAAGUAUGGAGAAGAGAUGAGGAAGCUGAAAAGGAUCAAACUGAGCAAAAAGAUUACACUGAGUCACAAGAAGGGGGUAAGGAAAAACAUCAAGAACGACGCGGAGAGAAGCGUACUCAUGAGGAGAGCAGAUAACUCUGAUAUGCAUCUGAAGAUUGACAAGGAGUCCUUCUUCAGAGCAGAGCCCAUGAUUGGACAUGGCUUUGGAUAUGUUUGGGCUGGAGCUCGAGCUACAUAUGGGUUCAUCUCAGGGAGGAUUUGCUAUGAGUGCAAGAUUUUGGAGGACAUGCAGGUUGAAGGUCUUGAAGAUGAGCCAAAUCCAAAUGUUGUGAGAGUGGGUUGGUCUACUGAAGACACUUCCAUGCAACUGGGUGAGGAGCCAUUAUCUUAUGGAUAUGGAGGAACAGCAAAAGCAUCAGAGAGUUGCAAGUUUCAGAACUAUGGAGUCACAUUUGCAGCUGGGAAUGUUGUUGGGGCUUAUUUGGAUAUGGAGAGUGAUCCAGUGACUGUCAGCUUUACAGUGGAUGGUUCUGAUCAAGGAGUGGCAUUUGAAAUACAAAAGGACCAACUGGAAGGAAAAGCUCUUUUUCCUCAUGUUUUAUUGAAGAAUUGCAAAAUAGAACUCAAUUUUGGAGAGAGGCCAGAAGGUCCACAUUUCCCUCAUCCAGAUAGACUCAUGGGCUUCACAUAUGCUUCUGAUGUUGAAGUUGAAAAGCGUGUUCGUGGUACAAAGGCUCCUGAAAAGCGAUCAGACUGCGAGGUCCAUAAUGUUGAUGUGUGGGCUGCCAAGUUGUGGGAAGACCACAUGGGCCAAUCAGUGAUGGGACUGAAUCGGAAAAAGAAUUAUGCUGGUCGUUGGGAUGUUCUCUUUGAGAAGUGCAACAGAUGUCUUAAUGUAUUACUAACUGAAGCACAGAGAAGAAGAAGAAACUUCAUCCUGGAUCAGACCAAUGUGUACCCUUCAGCUCAGAGGCGUAAAAUGAAGGGCUUUGAAGGUUUCAAGCGCCGAGCUGUUGUCAUUGUACCUCCUGAGGAGGAAUAUAAACGCAGACAGGAGAAAGUGGAGAAGGAAGAAGGGAAAGAUGUCCCUGAUAAGGCUGUAUUGGAAAUGAAAGCCAAUUUCAAGCUUCCCAUGAAGGGUGACCUGUUUGAUGAGGUGGAUUUUGCUGAGCUUGACCGAUCAGAAGCUGAGAAACUAGUGGCGAAAUACAAUCAAGAAGGCAUUGAUGCUGGAUUCACCCCCAAGGGACCUCCACCUGAAAAGAGAUUCAGACCUGACAGGGGGGAUAGAAAUGACAGAGCACGUGGCAAGGGCCAGGUCAGAGUCAUGGGCGUGGAAGUGGCUUUGGAGGAUUCCGUGGGAGUGAUCGUGGAUGGAGAGGUGGCUGGAGGGGUGGACCUCCAAGAGGAGGUGGUCCUCCUUACCGGAGCGGGAGCAAUGAUCGUUACAAGGAUAGGCGGGAUUGGCAAUCUCCCAGCCCUCGCCAAGAUCGCAAUAGCAACUAUGGGAGAGGAGGUGGAUAUGGAGGAUGGCAGGGAGGAGCCCAAGGCUAUGAUAGAGCCUAUGGACAGUAUGGUGGAUAUGGAAAUUAUGGUCCUCAAGCAGGAGCUGGUGCCUCUAAUAAUUAUCCUGGCUAUGGCAAUUGGAAUCAGCAGGGGUACUAUGGGAAUCAGGGAUGGGGUGGCUACGGAGGGUACCGAGGAUACUACUAAAUUCCAUGGCCAGUAUUUUCUUCAUCUCAGUCCUGCAUCCUAUGAAGAUGACACUAUGAUGGAGGAAUCACAUGAAGUCCCUUCUAAGAAAGCAAAAGUAGAAGAUGUUGAGGGUGAUCUCAAGAGCCUAAAAGAAUUCAAGCUAAGACAAAUCUUGAAUGAAAAACCAGAAAGGCGAACAAUCUUCCUGGAAGGAGAAUUUCAAGAUAAGCCUGGAACUGCUGUUUUGAUUCUGGAAAAAACUCCAUUUAUCAGUACAGAUAUUGAGAAUGUGAUUUCAACUAGUGUCAUAUCUGAGAAGCUGUUUCACAAUUCCAUAUAUGGAAACUAUCUAAUUUCUCCUCAGUCUGACUUCAACUUAGUGAGAUCAACUCUGGUUUACCCAGCCACUGACAAGCAUAUUCAAAAGUACAAGAAGCAGAAGCGGUUUGUCUUUGUUGAGACUCCUGAUGUGUAUGAGAAUGUGAUAAAGCCCUUCAUCAAGGAGAAUCACUUCAGCACUCAGUGGGUGGAGAAUAUCCUAAAUCACAAAUGUGAAGUUGAGCGCAUCAUUUGUGAGGAUCUUGACCCAUUGAAAGGAUUUGUCCUUCUACCUGAUCUCAAGUGGGAUGGAAAAUCCCUUGAAGCCUUCUAUGCUCUUGCAAUCGCUCGCAAUGCAGAACUGAAAUCUAUCCGAGACCUGACUGAAGUGCAUGUCCCCAUCCUUCAAAACAUUUAUUCCAAAUCAAUAGAGGCAAUUGAAAAGAAGUUUGGGGUCCCAGCAUCAAGGCUUCGUGUUUAUUUUCACUACCAGCCCUCUUAUUACCACUUGCAUAUUCACUUCUGCCACAUUGAUUUUGAAGCACCUGGAAGUGAUUGUUUGAAGGGUCAUCUUCUGCAGGCAGUGAUCAACAAUAUCCAGCUGUCACCAGACUACUACCAACAAGCAUCUCUCACAUACUCCUUGAAAGAGAAAGAAACUCUGAGUCAAAAACUCAUAUUGUUAGGGCCUGGAAUGUAUGAUCACAUGAUAAAUGGUAUAAGGGUGGAGGAGGACAAGAAGCCUAUAGGGGUAUUGAAAGAAGCUCUCUGGUCAGGAAGACAGCAUAGAUUAUCUGAUGUGGCAAAAGAAAAGGGUGAGGCUGGGAAAUAUUCUGCCACUCUCCUUCUACCCAAGUCCAGCUUCCCAGUGCAUUUGAAAGGAAGGAAGAGGCUAGAGGCUGAUGUUCAGAUUACCCAGUUGUUCCCUCAAUUUGAUCCCAUAUGCUUUGAAGAACCUUGUUGUGUUGGCUUGGUUGCUGCCACAGCUCGAGCCUUUGCCAAGGAAGCAGUCAAAGAGCAAAAGGAAGAAUUCAUGCAUUGGGGAAUCAUGGGAGAUUGGGAAAAUCCCUAUUUUACCUUUACCAAAGAAUACAUGGCCCAAGAACUCAUGGCAUUCCAUGAACUCUACCAAAAAGGCCUCAUCUAUCAAGAUCUGAAGCCUGUUUAUUGGUCUCCUUCUUCAAAGGGAAAGGAAGAAGGCCUACCUUUCCUUUCUGGAGAUCAUGUGACAUUGAAGAAAGGGACAGGGCUGGUGCAUACAGCACCUGCUCAUGGCCAUGAUGACUUCCUCCUUGCCCGAUACCAUUCCAUCCCAAUAGAACAUCUUGUGGAUGAGAAUGGUUGCUUUACAUCAGGGGCUGGACCUAAUCUGGAGGGCAAAGCUGUUCUAGAUGAUGGGAAUGCUCAUGUCAUGUGUGCCUUGAGGAAUUUUAUUGUGAAGGAGGAGGAUUAUGAGCACAGCUAUCCAUAUGACUGGAGGACAAAGGAACCAGUGAUCAUACGAGCCAGUCUUCAGUGGUUCUUUGACACUGACUCAAUCAAAGCUCAAGCUCUGGAAAAGCUAUCAAGUGUGAAGAUCCUUCCUGAGUCACUGCAGGUUGGAAUGGUGACUCAGCUGGAAAAGAGACCAUAUUGGUGUAUCUCUCGUCAAAGGGCUUGGGGAAUCCCCAUCCCAGUGUUUUAUCACCUAUCUACAAAUGAGCCCAUUAUCAACAACCUCACCCAUGGUAGCAAGAAGGAACCUGCCUUAGGAGUGGAUGCUCUCAGGUGCUGGGUGGCCUGGUAUGGUACAGGAGAGUCUCAGAUCCGCAUAGGAUGUGAUGCUCUCUCUAAUGUGUCCACAAAUCUUCAGAAAAUACGCAAUUCCUUGAGGUUUCUCCUUGGGAAUCUGCAUGACUGGAAGGAUGAGAAGACUGUACAGUAUGGUGACAUGCUUCUCCUUGAUCGAUAUGCUCUUGCUCUCCUUCAUGGUUUCCAUCAUCAGGUGGAGAGAGAUUACAGUGCUUUCAGAUAUGAUCGGGUGAUUGUGAACUCUAUGCAGUUCUUUGUGAACACCAUCUCCACUUACAUUCACUGGAUCAAAGAUAGAUUGUACUGUGAAGGACAAGAAUCCUUAAAGCGAAGAUCAUGCCAGACUGCAUUGAGCAGAGUCCUUUAUGUGUGUGUGCAGGCCCUUGCUCCCAUUCUACCUCAUUUGACAGAGGAAGUUGCCCUUCAUUAUCCCCAUCCUUGGGCUGAUGGAGUCUUCAGAAGCAAGUGGAUAGGGGGAGAGGUGGAAGAUGUUUGGGCAAACCAAGAAGUAAUGGAGUGCAUGAGGGAAGGCCUGAGAAUCCAGUCUGCUAUCAAUAUCACCCUUCCGUCCACUAAUCUCCGUCACUGGGAUGUGUACAUUCGAACAUCAUCUCCUGCUCCUUUCCAGCAUCUAAAACUUCUACAAGCUGAAGGUUUUUCAACAGAAUCUGAGUUAUGUGACCUACUCCAAGUCUCAGGUGUCACAAUCAGUAGGUCAAAUUGGGAGCCCUUUCUGAGCCAGGACACAAAUGAGGAGCUCCUGCAAGUAGAGUGUGGGAAUGAUAUUGAGGUGUUUCUAGCCCAGGCUCAUCUUCAUCGUUGUCCUCGAUGUCGCAUUCAUGCCUCCACUGCCCCUGGCAUUCUCUGUCAGAGGUGUUAUCAUGUUCUUCCCUCACUUUCAUGAUUACUGGAGUUCAUCAACAUCCUGGAG